CUUCGAGGGUGAUUCGGUCGGCCGAACACAUCACGAUCGCCGAGGACUUCAGACUUUCGCACCGUCGCCGCCAUCGUACUGCCUACCCACCUCGAUCGCUGCUUGGUUUCAUCCGAUCGGAGGGGAAAGCGACGGAUGGGCGCUCCGGUGGUGUGGUUCCCGAUCGUGCCUCUGAUCCGCCUGACGGGCGCCGCGGCGGCGACUUUCGUCCUCAUCUGGGCCGUGCACUUCCGGGGGGGAUUGGCUCUCAUCUCCGACAACAAGGAUCUCAUCUUCAACGUGCACCCUGUGUUAAUGGUGAUUGGCUUUAUACUUCUAAAUGGUGAAGCUAUAUUAGCAUACAAGACGAUGCCAGGAACCAAGAGCUUCAAAAAGGCAGUGCAUCUAUCAAUUCAGUUCCUUGCUUUAUGUUUGGGCUUAAUUGGCACAUGGGCUGCUUUAAAGUUCCACAAUGACAAGGGCAUUGAUAACUUCUACAGUCUGCACUCAUGGUUGGGGCUUGCAUGUAUCCUGCUAUUUUCUAUCCAGUGGGGAAUGGGGUUUGCUACCUUCUGGUAUCCUGGUGGCUCAAGAAGUAGCAGAGCUUUCUUGCUUCCUUGGCAUGUAUUUUUCGGGGCAUACAUAUAUGCUCUUGCCGUGGUUACAGCGAUAACUGGCCUCUUGGAAAAGGCUACUUUUCUUCAGGCCAGCAAGACAAUAUUACGUUACUCAAAUGAGGCUUUAUUAAUCAACUCCUUAGGCAUUUUGCUCGUUCUUCUUGGGGGGUUUGUUAUUCUUGCACUCGUUACGCCAGGAACUGCGAGAUCUGAUCUACAGAGAGGAAACUCUGAAUAGGGAAUUAUUCAUUUGUGCUGAUUAUUUUAUGGUAUUUUCAUAUGGAAUUGUGCUUGUUCAUCAUUAGCAUGAGCUUGUUUUGCACUGAAGCAGGUAGGCCGAAAUAUGUUUUUUUUUUUUAAUCUGUGCACUGUAUAAUCGUUUUGCCCUGCUUGACAAUUAAUGUAUUUUUUUGCUAGUUUGAAAAUUUUGGAGUUCGAGGGCAGAAAUGCUUGUUUUUCCC